AUGGCCCAGCUCUUCCUGCCCCUGCUGGCAGCCCUGGUCCUGGCCCAGGCUCCUGCAGCUUUAGCAGAUGUUCUGGAAGGAGACAGCUCAGAGGACCGCGCUUUUCGCGUGCGCAUCGCGGGCGACGCACCACUGCAGGGCGUGCUCGGCGGCGCCCUCACCAUCCCUUGCCACGUCCACUACCUGCGGCCACCGCCGAGCCGCCGGGCUGUGCUGGGCUCUCCGCGGGUCAAGUGGACUUUCCUGUCCGGGGGCCGGGAGGCAGAGGUGCUGGUGGCGCGGGGAGUGCGCGUCAAGGUGAACGAGGCCUACCGGUUCCGCGUGGCACUGCCUGCGUACCCAGCGUCGCUCACCGAUGUCUCCCUGGCGCUGAGCGAGCUGCGCCCCAACGACUCAGGUAUCUAUCGCUGUGAGGUCCAGCACGGCAUCGAUGACAGCAGCGACGCUGUGGAGGUCAAGGUCAAAGGGGUCGUCUUUCUCUACCGAGAGGGCUCUGCCCGCUAUGCGUUCUCCUUUUCUGGGGCCCAGGAGGCCUGUGCCCGCAUUGGAGCCCACAUCGCCACCCCGGAGCAGCUCUAUGCCGCCUACCUUGGGGGCUAUGAGCAAUGUGAUGCUGGCUGGCUGUCGGAUCAGACCGUGAGGUAUCCCAUCCAGACCCCACGAGAGGCCUGUUACGGAGACAUGGAUGGCUUCCCCGGGGUCCGGAACUAUGGUGUGGUAGACCCGGAUGACCUCUAUGAUGUGUACUGUUAUGCUGAAGACCUAAAUGGAGAACUGUUCCUGGGUGACCCUCCAGAGAAGCUGACAUUGGAGGAAGCACGGGCGUACUGCCAGGAGCGGGGUGCAGAGAUUGCCACCACGGGCCAACUGUAUGCAGCCUGGGAUGGUGGCCUGGACCACUGCAGCCCAGGGUGGCUAGCUGAUGGCAGUGUGCGCUACCCCAUCGUCACACCCAGCCAGCGCUGUGGUGGGGGCUUGCCUGGUGUCAAGACUCUCUUCCUCUUCCCCAACCAGACUGGCUUCCCCAAUAAGCACAGCCGCUUCAACGUCUACUGCUUCCGAGACUCGGCCCAGCCUUCUGCCAUCCCUGAGGCCUCCAACCCAGCCUCUGAUGGACUAGAGGCUAUCGUCACAGUGACAGAGACCCUGGAGGAACUGCAGCUGCCUCAGGAAGCCAUAGAGAGUGAAUCCCGUGGGGCCAUCUACUCCAUCCCCAUCAUGGAGGACGGAGGAGGUGGAAGCUCCACUCCAGAAGACCCAGCAGAGGCCCCUAGGACGCUCCUAGAAUUUGAAACACAAUCCAUGGUACCGCCCACGGGCUUCUCAGAAGAGGAAGGCAAGGCAUUGGAGGAAGAAGAGAAAUAUGAAGAUGAAGAAGAGAAAGAGGAGGAAGAAGAAGAGGAGGAGGUGGAGGAUGAGGCUCUGUGGGCAUGGCCCAGCGAGCUCAGCAGCCCGGGCCCUGAGGCCUCUCUCCCCACUGAGCCAGCAGCCCAGGAGGAGUCACUCUCCCAGGCGCCAGCAAGGGCAGUCCUGCAGCCUGGUGCAUCACCACUUCCUGAUGGAGAGUCAGAAGCUUCCAGGCCUCCAAGGGUCCAUGGACCACCUGCUGAGACUCUGCCCACUCCCAGGGAGAGGAACCUAGCAUCCCCAUCACCUUCCACUCUGGUUGAGGCAAGAGAGGUGGGGGAGGCAACUGGUGGUCCUGAGCUAUCUGGGGUCCCUCGAGGAGAGAGCGAGGAGACAGGAAGCUCCGAGGGUGCCCCUUCCCUGCUUCCAGCCACACGGGCCCCUGAGGGUACCAGGGAGCUGGAGGCCCCCUCUGAAGAUAAUUCUGGAAGAACUGCCCCAGCAGGGACCUCAGUGCAGGCCCAGCCAGUGCUGCCCACUGACAGCGCCAGCCGAGGUGGAGUGGCCGUGGUCCCCGCAUCAGGUGACUGUGUCCCCAGCCCCUGCCACAAUGGUGGGACAUGCUUGGAGGAGGAGGAAGGGGUCCGCUGCCUAUGUCUGCCUGGCUAUGGGGGGGACCUGUGCGAUGUUGGCCUCCGCUUCUGCAACCCCGGCUGGGACGCCUUCCAGGGCGCCUGCUACAAGCACUUUUCCACACGAAGGAGCUGGGAGGAGGCAGAGACCCAGUGCCGGAUGUACGGCGCGCAUCUGGCCAGCAUCAGCACGCCCGAGGAACAGGACUUCAUCAACAACCGGUACCGGGAGUACCAGUGGAUCGGACUCAACGACAGGACCAUCGAAGGCGACUUCUUGUGGUCGGAUGGCGUCCCCCUGCUCUAUGAGAACUGGAACCCUGGGCAGCCUGACAGCUACUUCCUGUCUGGAGAGAACUGCGUGGUCAUGGUGUGGCAUGAUCAGGGACAAUGGAGUGACGUGCCCUGCAACUACCACCUGUCCUACACCUGCAAGAUGGGGCUGGUGUCCUGUGGGCCGCCACCGGAGCUGCCCCUGGCUCAAGUGUUCGGCCGCCCACGGCUGCGCUAUGAGGUGGACACUGUGCUUCGCUACCGGUGCCGGGAAGGACUGGCCCAGCGCAAUCUGCCGCUGAUCCGAUGCCAAGAGAACGGUCGUUGGGAGGCCCCCCAGAUCUCCUGUGUGCCCAGAAGACCUGCCCGAGCUCUGCACCCAGAGGAGGACCCAGAAGGACGUCAGGGGAGGCUACUGGGACGCUGGAAGGCGCUGUUGAUCCCCCCUUCGAGCCCCAUGCCAGGUCCCUAGGGGGCAAGGCCUUGAACACUGCCGGCCACAGCACUGCCCUGUCACCCAAAUUUUCCCUCACACCCUGCGCUCCCGCCACCACAGGAAGUGACAACAUGACGAGGGGUGGUGCUGGAGUCCAGGUGACAGUUCCUGAAGGGGCUUCUGGGAAAUACCUACGAGGCUCCAGCCCAGCCCAGGCCCUCUCCCCCUACCCUGGGCACCAGAUCUUCCAUCAGGGCCGGAGUAAAUCCCUAAGUGCCUCAACUGCCCUCUCCCUGGCAGCCAUCUUGUCCCCUCUAUUCCUCUAGGGAGCACUGUGCCCACUCUUUCUGGGUUUUCCAAGGGAAUGGGCUUGCAGGAUGGAGUGUCUGUAAAAUCAACAGGAAAUAAAACUGUGUAUGAGCCCAGGCAA